AUGACCUUUGAGAAAAUACUUGUGGAAUUGACUAUCGAUGGUCAGAACUGGAGGUUUUUUUACUUGCCCGCUUUAAAUGACAAACGCUAUGGAUUUGACGUUCCAGCCGUGGUUGAUUUUGCGGCAAUGAGAGAUGCGGUUGCUGGUCUGGGAGGGGAUCCCACAAAGAUCAAUCCUUGUUGUCCUAUGGACCUCGUGAUUGAUCAUUCGAUUCAAGUGGACUUCGCGAGAGCCCCGGAUUCCUUAUCAAAAAAUGAAGAAAUCGAAUACAGGAAGAACAAGUGGGGCGCAAAAGCGUUGAAGAAUCUGACAAUUGUUCUUCCUGGGUCUGGAAUUGUUCAUCAAGCAAACCUUGAGUUUUUGGCACGCGUUGUGUUUGAUAACGAAGAAGAUUGUCUUUUGUACUGCAACUCGCUGGUCGGGACAGACUCUCAUACCACCAUGAUCAACGGACUUGGAGUCCUUGGUUGGGGAGUUGGUGAUUGCCUAAGUCAUGUCCGUUCUUGGGAUCGAUUUUGGCACCGAUUGCUCAUGCUGGCAGCAUUGAAACCAUUGCAAACGACUAGUCUUCGUAACACCCCGUACCUUGAAAAUUUCAGAAUGACCUUCGAGAAAAUACUUGCGGAAUUGACUAUCGAUGGUCAGAACUGGAGGUUUUUUUACUUGCCCGCUUUAAAUGAUGAACGCUAUGAGAAACUACCUCUUUCAAUCCGCAUGUUGCUUGAAUCAGCGAUUUGCACUUUGGAUGGCUUUCAAGUUAAGGAGAAGGAUGUACAGAAUAUUCUUGACUGGGAGAAGUUGCAUACUGACCCCGAUGGAGUUGAGAUCCCUUUCAGACCAGCAAGGUGGGGCGCAAAAGCGUUGAAGAAUCUGACGAUUGUUCUUUCUGGGUCUGGAAUUCUUCAUCAAGCAAACCUUGAGUUUUUGGCACGCGUUGUUUUUGAUAAUGAAGAAGAUUGUCUUUUGUACUGCAACUUGCUGGUCGGGACAGACUCUCAUACCACCAUGAUCAACGGACUUGGAGUCCUUGGUUGGGGAGUUGGUGGUAAUUACUUGUUCCUUCGAUCCAAACAAGAGCCUGGCAGCGAGUUUGAUGACCUGAAAGGCGGCGCAGCUUUUGGAAGCAUCCUGACAGGCGUUCUCAAAGUCGGAAUGGAGAUGGAAGUCUGACCUGGGAUAGUUUCGAAAGACUCCAAAGUUCGACUGCUGUGUCAUCCGAUUUGUUCUUGCGUCGUUUCCUUGCUGGCUCAGCAAAACGAGCUGGCCUACGCGGUGGCCUGAUGGGUGUAUAGGAACCAAGAUUGACCCCACCAUGUGCGGAGCAGACAAACUUGUGGGUCAGAUGCUGGGGGCUGUCGGAGCUCUUCCGGAGAUUUACACCUAGUUGGAGUUUUCUUACCAUCUAGUUGGAGUUUUCUUAGUUUUGC